UCACAACGGACGCGGGCACACACAGAGCGACAGAGCGAUGUUCGUCGCAACACACGCAGGUAUCCCAUAUUCCCAUCCCCUCAUCUCUGUCGGAUCCCCCCUCGGCCGGCCCUCUUCCCCGAAGCCGCCGCUAGUACCACCGCGCGGUAGCCACUGCCCUCGCCGGACCACCUCAUCUGCCCGCCCUCGCCGUCGCCAAGUGGUCAACUGCGCUCCUCCCACAUCAAUGUUGCCUCCUCGCUCCUCUGUUCGCAUGCGCGUGAUGGGGAGACAGGCUCAGAUCACCACAGCGGCAAACUUCCAGUGGUGGUGAAAGGCUGCCUUUACAUUUCAUGAACGGUACAGCUUGCCAGCGCCAGAGGGGUUCACACUUCACAGCGGUAGACUGAAGAUUCUGAUUUCUGAAGUAAUUCCACAGCGGAGUAAGAGAACUUGCUUAAUUGGCAUGUCAUUUUGUUUUCGCACCUCGAUCUCGUCAGCAUGUGUAACCAAUAAGAAGUUCUUUUUUUCUGAAAAGCGGGUUGAAAGUAACCCCUAGCCUCUGCAACUAAUUGGGUUAUGUAUUUUGUAAGCUGUAACAGGGGAAUGAGCCGAGUGCCAGCGAACAAGCUGGCUGUAAUGCUUCGUGGGUAAGGGCUCCUUUGGUUCAUAGGAUAGGAAAAACAUAGGGAUAGGAAAAACAUAGGUUUAGGAGAAGAUGAAGUUUAUUUGAUUGUAGCAAAGAAAAUUUUCCAUUAGGUAUGAUCUAAUGUUUUUUUUCCUAUAUGUUUUGCACUACAAGAUUCCUAUAGGAUUAGUUCCUAUAGAAUAUGUUCCUAUGAAUCAAACAACUUAUGUAGGAAAUUUUCCUAUAAGAUCCAAAUCCUACACUAUUCUUAUACAAUUCCUAUAAAUCAAAGGAGCCCUAAGUAUACUUUGGAGCAGUAAUUUAGUUGGCAUGGCGCUUGCACAUGGGAAUAGUAUGGUAAGAUUGUUUUUCAAUUUUUAUUCAGGUAGUCCAUACUAACACUUGAAAGAUGCUCGCACCGAAGAAGAAAUGGUCACAUUGGCAACUUCCUUUCAAUGACAAACAACCCAGUCACUGCCUCGAACCAAUAUGGACCGGUCACCCAGAGCUGAUAGCUGAGAGCUUGAUAGCUUUAUGGUCUAUUCCAACAUCUUGAUCAUUUCUUGCCCUAUUGGCCUCCAUAUCAACUACAAUAACUUUGGUACUCUCAAGUCCACAGAGUGUCUGCAGAAUAACAAUAUAUAUGGUUAGGCCAUGGUCCCAGUUUGGUCACUAGCGCCAAUGAGUCAAUGAUGCCAUUACUUCAAGUUGCUGUCCAACGUCCAGCCAUACCUUCCUUGACCAUGGACUAAACUUUGUUUACACUAAGCAAGUGUAUAGUCUUCAUGUAGCCAAUUAUAAACACCACAAGGAGCAGAACAAUAUGCAGGCAUCAGGUUCUCAAACCUACACCGUAGAAGGCAAAGAUAAGGCAAAACCUUUUUUUCUUCAAAUAGGCUGCUACAUAUCAAUGGGAUGCUUGUUUCUGGCCCUGUGCGUGCUACACUCUAUGUUUCAGAGUUCUUCAGGCUGCUUUGUGGAUGAGAGGGUGGCCCUCAUGGAUAUUAGCUCCUGGUUCAUGAGCUCAAAGUCCGAGGUUCCCAGCUCGUGGGGGCAUGGUGAUGACUGCUGCUUGUGGGAAGGAAUCACAUGCGACAAUAGCACACGGCGAAUAUUGCGCCUCGACCUUUCCUUUAUGUACCAGUCAAUCCGUACUGACGGAAGUGAUGGUUCUGUAUCAAUCCAAGCUAUGGAAGUUCCAUGCUGGAACCUAAACUUGACGAUCUUUUCUUCAUUUCGGGAGCUUCAGCUACUGGACUUCUCUGGAAAUUACGCUUGCUUUGAAGAUUUUAGUGGUCUUCAAGGAUUGAGUAAGCUCAAGUAUCUCAACCUCAGCGACAACACUUUCAAAGGGAGUAUCCCAGGAUCUGUCAGCAGACUGGUUUCUUUGGAGGUCAUAAAUCUCAGCAGAAAUAACAUAAGUGGGACUCUUCAGAAUAUAGGUUUAAAAAAUCUCCAGAACCUGCGAGAAUUGCAUUUGGGAUCCAAUCAAUUGAGUGGUAGCCUCCCAGCAUCCUUAUUUUCACUUCCAUGCCUUGAGUACCUGGAUCUUUCUGAAAAUCUUUUUCAAGGACAGAUACUCAUAAAAUCGUCUUGGAAGUGUUCCUCGAUGCUUCAAACUAUCAGGUUAUCUGAAAACAUGCUAAGCGGUAUAUUUGAUUUCUUUUGGCUGAGAAACUGUACCAAGCUCAAAGAGAUAGAUCUGUCGAGAAAUACUGAUUUGGUUGUUGAAGUCAAACUUCAUGGUUGGGUACCUAAUUUUGAAUUAAAAAGAUUAAUUCUCUCUUGGUGUAACCUUGAUAAAAGCAUAAUUACGGAGCCACAUUUCUUACGCACACAACAUCAUCUACAGUUUCUUGAUUUGUCCAACAAUAAUUUGCCAGGAAGCAUGCCCAACUGGCUGUUCACAACUGAAGCGGCAUUUGUAGACCUUGACCUAUCAAAUAACUCACUGGUUGGAUCAUUAGAUCCGAUUUUGCAACACCAAACUAAUCUUCAACGGGUGAACUUAUCUCUGAACCAUAUUGAAGGACAGCUGCCAGCGAAUAUCAGUUCAAUGUUUCCUAAUCUGGCGAUUACUGAUUUUUCUCAUAAUAUGAUAUCUGGAGUUGUGCCGUCUUCAUUGUGCAACAUUGGAAGCAUAGAAUAUAUGGACCUAUCAAAUAACAGAUUUUCAGGAGAAGUACCAUCUUGCUUGUUCACUGAUUGUUCUAAAUUGACAGCACUGAAACUCUCGAACAACAGCCUUGGCGGUAUGAUCCUUGGCGGGGCUAGUAACUUGUCCUCUGUAAGGGAAAUAUACCUAGGCAGCAACAAAUUUGAAGGGACUCUCCCUAGAAAUCUAUCUGGUGAUGUAGUCAUCAUGGAUUUACAUGAUAAUAAGAUGUCUGGAGAACUCGACACUUCAUUAUGGAAUCUUCCUUCACUGAAAGCUUUGAGCCUUGCUAGUAAUGGUUUAACUGGUGAGAUUCAUCCAGGAAUUUGCACAUUGAGAAGUCUUCUGAUGUUAGAUAUGUCAGAUAACUACUUUAAAGGGCGUAUUCCAAACUGCAGCAUUACGUUACCACUUCGGUUUCUAAGUGUAUCUGGGAAUUCUCUGUGGGGAAUCCCGAAUGCCAUUUUCAACAGUUCUCUUGUUGUUUUGGAUCUCAGUCACAAUAGGUUCACAGGCAAUCUUGAGUGGGCACAAUAUCUUCCUCAAAUCAGUGUACUUUUGUUAAGAAGGAAUAAGUUUGAGGGCCAGAUCUCUUCAAAGCUAUGUCAUCUCCAAUUCUUGAGUAUAAUUGACAUCUCACACAACAUACUUUCAGGCUCCAUACCACCAUGUAUUGGUGGCAUGACAUUGAAAUACCCUGAUACUUACUUAUUUGGGUGGCCCACAGCUGGUGCAAGGGAGUAUUAUGGUCCGGAAUUCUCGUAUAACAUACUCUAUGUGCUCCAAGGCUUCACUUUCACAACAAAAGGCAAUCCAUACACAUAUGGAAGCAACUUCUUCAUGUCGAUGUCUGGCAUUGACUUGUCUGCAAACAUGCUGUCAGGUGAGAUUCCACAGGAAAUAGGAAACUUGAGCCAUAUUAAGUCUCUCAAUUUGUCGAACAAUUUCUUUACUGGAUCGAUUCCUGCAACCUUCGCAAACUUGAGCGAGAUCGAAAGCUUAGACCUAUCAGAAAACAGGCUAGAUGGAUCUAUACCAUGGCAGUUAACCCGGCUAUCAUCAUUAGGGGUGUUCUCUGUGGCAUUCAACAACCUAUCGGGAUGUCUACUAGACUCUGGUCAGUUUGGCUCAUUUGGUAUGGACAGUUACAAAGGGAACGACAAUCUUCGAUCAUGCACUUCCAGUUCAGGCCCCGUGGUACGGAAUGGUACAGUAGGGAAUGUGGCUGAUGAUUCUGAUCCAAUCCUGUAUGUGGUCACUGCCGUUUCGUUCGUCUUGGCAUUUUGGGCCACUGUCACAUUCGUGUUCUGCCAUUCGUUUGGGAAGCGUAUCAUUCUCAACCUGUAAUAGGUACUGGUGUGUAAAGUAUGUGUGUAUUUAUAAACUGUGCUGCUAUAUUCUGUUUCUUUGGAGAAACUGUUAACUCUAAAGGAGUAUUCCAGAUUUUGUUCUGCUGCAAGGUGAGUAAAUCUCAGCGGAAGCCACUGAAUAUAAAGUUCAGAAGAGGUUGGGUCCUGGGGCUGUGAAUUUUGGUUGGAUUUUUCAGACUCAGAGCCCAUUUUUCUUUUGGAAGUAGUAUUAUGAAGUGAAAUGGGAGGAAGGGCAUGGUGGUUGUGGUUUAAGCUA